CGUCAAGCUCUGUUAUCGGUAAGACGCUAUGCGGAUGAUUGCAUUUUAUUAAGAAACAACAAAAAAUGUUAUUUCUAUUCUUGUUGACGACGACUGUUUGGAUAUCUUGGCUAAUAAUCAAACGGCACUAUACCAAAUGGCAACGUCUGGGUCUUGAAACAGAUGAUCGUGUGAUAAUACCCUUUGGCAGCCUGUAUCAGGUGUUUCGUAAAGAAAAACAUUUGGGUCUGGUGAUUGCAGAUGUUUACCAGCGCUCUCAUGCCCCCGCAGUGGGCAUGUAUAUGUUCUUUAAACCAGCCAUUCUAGUGAGAGAUGCCACACUUGCCAGGCAAAUUAUGACAGCGGAUUUUGCCAGCUUCCAUGAUCGUGGAGUAUAUGUGGAUGAAAAGUAUGACCCUUUAUCUUCGCAUUUGUUCAACUUGAAAGGUCAAACCUGGCGUAGCCUGAGACAAAAACUUACUCCCUCUUUCUCUUCGGGCAAGCUAAAGGCCAUGUUUGAGACCAUAGAUGAGGUGGUCAAUAAACUGAAUGAAUAUCUUUUGGCAAAACUAGACGAUGGGGAUAUCCAGACUGUGGAAGUUAAGUAUUUGAGUACCACUUAUGCCAUAGACAUCAUAGGCUCUGUGGUGUAUGGCCUGGACAUAGACAGCUUCAAAAAUCCCCACAAUGAAUUUCGUGUUAUGAGUGAUGGACUUUUUAAAAAUCCCAAUGCAAAUGUGCUGCAUAGAAUACGGCAUGUGAUGAAUUUUAUAUGUCCAUCUGUAGCAGGAAUUUUAUGUCGCUUAGGUGUAACUGACCCCAUAACCUAUGCAGUGAGGGACAUUGUCCAACGUACCAUCGAAUUUCGCGAACAACAUGAAGUAAUGAGAAAAGAUCUUCUACAACUUUUGAUCCAACUGAAGAACACUGGAAGAAUUUCCGAUGACAAUGACGCUGAAGUCUGGAGUGUGGAAUCACCAGCGGAAAACCUUAAAUCCCUAACUAUCGAUAUGAUUGCUGCUAAUUUAUUGUUAUUCUAUAUAGCUGGAUCAGAGACUACCUCCGCCACCAUAGCUUUCACAUUAUACGAAUUGGCUAUGUAUCCGAAAAUCUAUGAAAAAGCCCAAAGGGAAAUUGACAGGUGUUUGGAAGAACAUGGAUUGAAGGCUAGGGGAAAAUUAAGCUAUGAGGUCGUGCAGGAUAUGAAAUAUUUGGACUUGUGCAUAAUGGAGACUAUGCGUAAAUAUCCUGGCUUGCCUUUUUUGAACCGUGAAUGUACCCAAGAUUAUCGAUUGCCGGACUCGGAUUUCACCAUUACAAAGGGCACUGCAAUUCUCAUAUCGCUCUAUGGCAUUCACAGAGAUGAGGAGUAUUUUCCAAAUCCCUUGGACUACAAACCGGAACGUUUUGACCCAAAUUCUGAGGAUUGCAAUCCCGUGGCCUAUAUGCCCUUUGGCGAAGGUCCUCGACAUUGUAUAGUAGCUAUAUCUAAACAUAAACCGAUCUGAACCAUAUACGACAAGGGUGUAGAAAAGCCUAACAUAAGUCACUGUGUCAAAUUUCAGUGAAUUCGGUUUAAAAAUGUGCCUUUUAUGGAGCCAAGACUUUAAAUCCAGAUAUCGGUCUAUGUGGCGGCUACAUCCAAAUCUGGACCGAUCUUAGCCAAAUUGAAGAUGAAUGUCGAAGGGCCCAACACAACUCAGUGCCCCAAAUUUCAGCGAGAUAGGACAAUAAAUGCGCCUUUUAUGGCCCCAAAAACCUCAAAUCGAGACAUCGGUCUAUAUGGCAGCUAUAUCCAAAUCUGGACCGAUCUGAGCCAAAUUAAAGAAGAAUGUCGAAGAGCCUAACACAACUCACAGUCCAAAAUUUCAGAGACAUCGGACAAUAAAUGCGCCUUUUAUGGCCCCAAAACCUUAAAUCGGGAGAUCGGUCUAUAUGGCAGCUAUAUCCAAAUCAGGACCGAUUUGAGCCAAAUUGAAGAAGAAUGUCGAAGGGCUCAACACAACUCACUGUCCCAAAUUUCAGCGAGAUCGGACAAUAAAUGCGCAUUUUAUGGCCCCAAAACCUUAAAUCGGGAGAUCGGUCUAUAUGGCAGCUAUAUCCAAAUCAGGACCGAUUUGAGCCAAAUUGAAGGAGAAUGUCGAAGGGCUCAACACAACUCACUGUCCCAAAUUUCGUCGAGAUCGGACAAUAAAUGCGCCUUUUAUGGUCCCAAAGCCUUAAAUCGAGAGAUCGGUCUAUAUGGCAGCUAUAUCCGAAUCUGGACCGAUCUGGGCUAAAUUGAAAAAAAGAUAUCCAAGGAUCUUACAUACCUCACUGUCCCAAAUUUCAGCAAAAUCGGAUGAUAAAUGUGGCUUUUAUGGGUCUAAGACCUUAAAUUGGCGGUUCGAUCUAUAUGGCAGUUGUAUCCAAAUCUGGACCGAUCUGUGCCAUAUUGCAGAAGUAUCUCGGGGGGGCUUAACAUAACUCACUGUCCAAAAUUUCAGAGACAUCGGACAAUAAAUGCGCCUUUUAUGGGUCCACAGCCUUAAAUCGAGAUAUCGGUCUAUAUGGCAGCUAUAUCCAAAUCUGGACCGAUCUGGGCCAAAUUGAAGAAGGAUGUCUAAGAGCCUAACAAAACUCACUGCCCCAAAUUUCGGAAAAAUCGGACAAUAAAUGAGCCUUUUAUGGGUGGAAGACUUUAAAUCGAGAGAUCGGGCUAUAUGGCAGCUAUAUCUAAAUUAGGACUGAACUUACAAGAACUUAUCCCAUGCGAUCCGCGGUGGAGGGUAUAUGCAGGAAUCAUCCCUCCCGAACUUAAUGCACUUUGACUUGUUUAAAUUUGUUUAAACUUUUAUUUUUAA